AUGUGCUUAGAAAGAAAAUGGAUUUGUGUUUUGACCUCUCUCACGGUCCUAAUGUUGGUGUCAUUCUUCUGGUCCAACACAAAAGUGAACUCAUGGAGCUCUGGAUUUAUACUUCGCUGUCAGCCACAAACAACAAUGAAAUCUGUCACCAACCUCUCGCAGGACUCAUUAGAACAACUGGCGCUAUUAGAACAGGUCUCACUUACGAGAAUGCUGUAUGUGAAGCCGGAUACCAUGAGACCCCCGAGAUCCGACGUCUCGAUGAUGACACCUUGGUUUGCUCCAAUUGUAUGGGAUGGCAGCUUUAAUACUGACAUACUGAAUGCGCAAUUCCAUCUGAAAAAAGCCCGCAUUGGCCUCACUGUGUUUGCUAUUAAAAAAUAUACGGUCUUUGUCCAGACUUUUAUUAAAACUGCUGAAAAGUUCUUCAUGGUAGGACAUAAAGUCAACUAUUAUGUCUUUACGGACCGUGUUGGUGACAUUCCCAAUAUCACUCUCAGUGAGGGCAGACACAUGGUCAUCCUGGAAGUCCCCGGUUACAAGAGAUGGCAGGAAGUGUCAAUGAGGCGCAUGGAGAUGAUACGAGACUAUGCCAGCCAACGAUUCAUCAACGAGGUGGACUACUUGGUGUGCGUAGACGUAGACAUGGAGUUCAGUGACCAUGUUGGGGUGGAGAUUUUAAGUGAUGUGUUUGGCACAUUACAUCCUGGCUUCUAUGGAGCAUCUCGUGACCACUUCACCUAUGAGCGCAGGCGAGAGUCUACAGCUUACAUUCCUACAGACGAGGGAGACUUUUACUAUGCAGGGGGAUAUUUUGGUGGUACGGUGGAAGAGGUCUAUAAGCUGACCAACUUCUGCCAUAACGCUAUGAUGAUGGACAAGGAAAACCACAUUGAAGCCGUCUGGCAUGAUGAGAGCUAUUUGAACAAGUAUUUUCUUUAUCACAAGCCAACGAAAAUUCUCUCUCCUGAAUAUCUGUGGGACAAUCAUUUCGCGGUCCCAACAUUCCUUAAAAGAAGAAGAUUUGUUGCAGUUACCAAAAACCAUAAUGCAAUACGGAACAAACGAGCAUUGCCAUUUGCAAGAGACAAGCGAACAUUUUAGAGCUUGGUCUCCAUUCGGCAGAUUUGUAAUUUUCCAUAAAUUAGAGCUUUGGAGGCCAAGCCAAAUGCUCCCAAGGUACCAUUGUCUUACUGUUACAUAAGAUGCACUCUCUACUAUCCGUACAUUUAUGAUGUACAGACAUAGGGACAAUUUGUUGACACUUCAGCUUUUGGAAACUAAACCUAUAUCCCAAACCUAUAUCUCAGUGAACUUCCUCUUCGGGACUGCUCUCUUUGCUAUGGUGUAAGACCUUAGCAAUCAUACUUCCACUAAUGGACCUGAUGUGCAGAGCAGUUAGAAAUGAUAUGAAUGACCGCUAGUUAGACUGCCCUUAGUUAUUAACGAUUGGUGUUUUGCAUUGGUGGGAAUACUUGGCACUGAAUUUAGAGGGGCUGAUAUAGCCGAAGUAUCGUUUCUGUAAACAUCUAUUAAUACAGACACUUCUGCCAAGUUAUUAUCCCAGCGACCGAGCCACAAAUGCCCCACUUGCUGGUUGAUAAGUAAAAUUGCUGAAAUAAGGUAUCAAGGCAGCCAUUUUGAAUCUAUGCAGCACUCAGUAGAGAUGUGCAUAGAUCAUCAUGUUUUGUUUUUUAUUUCUGUAUUUAUCUUCUUGUUUUGGUUUUGAAACA